GACAAUGACGAUGACGAAAGCCGGAUUCAGUAUAGCACCCAGAUCUUACAACAAGACCCAAAGAAGUUGCUCCCUCUUUUCUUUACUUGGCUUUCUUAGGUAGUUUUUCAUUUUAGUAUCUCUAUCUUUAUUUUCAGUGUUUCGUGUAUGGCGCUAAGGAAGAAUUUGAGAGAACAAAAGCUAGUUAUGUAUUGGGCAAAACAAAAGUGAAAAACAAAGAGAUUAGAGCAGAAAAAAGAAGAAAUUCACAAACACCAUGAAAACUCAUAAUUGGAGCUGCUUCUUUAUUAUCUUAUCAAUAGAGUUUUGGACCAUCCUCUUCUUCGCCUUUCCCUCCGCAAAAGCCCUCAAGGCAUUUCAAUUAUGUAAUAAUGCUUCAAAAUCCAACUCAAGAAGAAUUCUACACCAGCCGCUUUUUCCGGCAGCAUCAGCUCCGGCGUUACCUCCGCCUUCGCCGUCACUGGACACUCCUUCCCCUCCGGAAAUUCCUUUCUUCAACGAGAAUCCACCAGGUCCACCGCAGGCGGACCUGAACCAGCAGCCGGCAGCGGUGGACACCACCAACGGCCGAAUUGCAAACCCGACGGCAACGCAGCCGGCGAAGCCGGUUAAGACAGUGGCGAUUGUGGUAUCUGUCGCGUUCGUUACGUUUGCAAUGCUGUUUGUGCUGGCGUUCUUCUUGUAUAAGCAAACGGCGAAGCAGCAGCCGGCGGAGACGACGCAGAAGCUGGUGGCCGUAGGGUCACGAAACGAGUUGCCACCACCGGCGGCGGCGGCGCCACCGUCUAGUUUGUACUACAUUGGGACGGUGGAUCCAAGCAGAGCGUCGGUGAGCGAACCGAGUGAAGAAGCCACUUCGAGUGAAAUGAACCGUUCUUCAUAUCGAAAACUGAAUUCGAUGAAGGUUUCAGAAAGGUACCGUCCCAGCCCCGAGCUUCAGCCAUUGCCGCCGCUAAGCAAAACCGUCGCCGACGGCAGCCAUCCGCCACCGGCUGCCUCCUCGUCAUCUUCGUCCGAUGACGAAGUGGAUAGCCGAGACACGGCGUUUCACUCGCCACAGGCCUCAUCUCUCAGCCUCGAUGACGGUUACCACACGCCGGUUUCGCGCCAUAGUUAUCUCUCCAACGGUAGCGGUACUGCGGCGGCACCGCCAGUUCCUUUCUCGAAGAGAACUUCUCCGAAGUCUCGGAUUUCAGCUUCGUCGGAUACCAGAAUCGCCAUGAUGCCACCAAUUAAGCAUGCUCCGCCACGGUCACCAUCCCCGACACAGCAAGAAUCUACCUCCGGUCCUUCCAGACGGCCGACAUUCUCGGCACCUCCUCCAGCACCAAAUUUAACUCAUAUUCAUUCAAAUAUGUCCAAGAAUUCAAUCAAUCCUCCGCCACCGCCACCACCUCCUCCUCCGCCAAUGCGAGCAGCGCCCCGGAAGUCUUGGUCUCGGAGCCAAGUUGCAGCAUCCGCUGCAAAGAGCAUUGCAAAGGCUUCAGAGGAGUUAAACAAGAUGAAGAGCGUGGCAUCAUCUGAGAAGUUGGACGGUGAUGACGUGGAAGGAGGAAGACCCAAGCUGAAGGCUCUGCAUUGGGAUAAAGUGCGUGCUACAUCUGAGCGUGCCACUGUGUGGGACCAGUUAAAGUCAAGUUCGUUUCAAUUAAAUGAGGGCAUGAUGGAAUCUCUCUUUGGCUGCGGUGCCACCAGUUCUACACCUAAAGAAACGGUUACAAGGAAAUCAGUUAUUCCGCCCGUUGAACAGGAGAACAGAGUGUUAGAUCCCAAGAAGUCCCAAAACAUUGCUAUAAUGCUCAGGGCACUCAAUGUUACUAGAGAUGAGGUCUCCGAAGCUCUCUUGGACGGGAAUCCUGAAGGUUUGGGUGCUGAGCUAUUGGAAACUCUUGUAAAGAUGGCACCAACUAAAGAGGAAGAAAUAAAACUCAAAAGCUAUGAUGCUGGUGUUUCAAAACUAGGCUCUGCAGAGAGAUUCCUUAAAACUGUCCUUGACAUACCAUUAGCCUUCAAAAGAGUGGAAGCCAUGUUGUACAGAGCGAAUUUUGACACAGAAGUUAACUACCUUAGGAAAUCCUUUCAAACCCUCGAGACAGCGAGUGAGGAAUUGAAGAACAGCCGGUUGUUCCUCAAACUCCUUGAAGCUGUUCUUAGGACAGGGAACAGAAUGAAUGUUGGAACCUACCGUGGCGAUGCCAAGGCGUUCAAGCUAGACACACUCCUAAAACUUGUAGAUAUAAAGGGAACAGAUGGAAAGACCACAUUGCUUCACUUUGUUGUCCAAGAAAUCAUUAGAACGGAAGGUUCAAGUGGCGAAUCGUCCAGCAAAAAUGCACAGGCAGAAAUGAAUUCUCAAUUUAAUGAUGAUGAGUUCAGAAAGAAAGGAUUGCAGGUUGUGGCUGGACUGAGUAGAGACCUUGGAAACGUGAAAAAUGCUGCAGGAAUGGACUCCGAAGUCUUAAGUAGUUAUGUCUCUAAGCUCGAAUCGGGUCUUGAUAAAGUGAGAUUGGUUCUGCAGCAUGAAAAGCCGGGUAUGCAGGGGAAUUUCUUCAACUCAAUGAAGCUAUUCCUGAAAGUUGCCGAAGCGAAAAUCGUUACGAUUAAGUCUGAUGAGAGAAAGGCUUUGUUCCUUGUGAAAGAAGUAACAGAGUACUUUCAUGGGAAUAUGGCAAAGGAAGAAGCGCAUCCUUUUAGAAUUUUCAUGAUUGUGAGAGACUUUCUCAAUAUUUUGGAUCAGGUCUGCAAAGAAGUGGGGAAGAUGCAGGACAAAACUGUGAUUAGCUCCGCGAGAUCCUUCAGGAUAGCCGCGAGCGCGUCGUUACCAGUUCUCAACAGGUACCAUGCAAGGCAAGAUACAACCAGUUCAGAUGAAGAGAGCUCAUCUCCCUAGUGUUCGUGAUUUGUGAAUAUGAAAGAAAAAUAGUGAAAAUGAAUGUUUUAGCAAAUUUAUGUGUUCAUUGCUAGAAUUUCACCAAUAGUUCCAUCAUAGGUAUAAAGUUCAUAAUGAAAAUCUCGUUUCACA